UAUAACAAAACACGGACUAAUUUUACGGAAAUAUGUCUAUAGAUGUGUAUUUAGUACAGUCCAUCAGUGGCAUUGUGCCAUUACGUAAAUUAGAGCAAUUUAAGUACUUCUGUAGUAUGUAUUCUUUUUAAAGCUAUAUAUGGAAGGAUAACAAUUUUUAAUAAGUGCACGUAGUAAUUUGAGUGAAAUAUAUUUGAAAGCGUAUCGUAUGCCAUGUAACGGACAUUUGCGUUGCCGACUCCUCCACAUAUUGUGGCAUUCAUAAUGAAGCAAGUUUUCACCGUUCCUAAUACGUAUUUUCAUCUAAGAGAAGACCAAACAUCAUUACAAUGCAAGCAUUUGCAAGAGCACCAAAUCAAAUGAGCAAUAAAGGUCCAAUGGAUAAGAAUUGGAAAAUCUUUAAAGAACAAUUUUUAACUUUUAUGAAAGUAACUGAAGGCAAUUUAGAAGCAAGCGAUAAACAAGCAAUAAUGCUUCUAAAUUUAAUGGGAGAAGUAGGACAGGAAGCUCUCCAGAAUAUACCUUUUAAUUAUCCUGAAGAAAAAGAAGAUAUACAAAUAUUAUUGGAAAAAUUUGAUGAGUAUUUUGAUCCUCCUAAAAAGGAAUCAAAUGAAAGAUAUGCAUUCUUUACACGAACGAGAAAACCAAACGAAAGCAUUGAGAACUUCAUUGCUGGGUUACAAGAAAAAGCAAAAACAUGUAACUUUGAUUCUCUUGCGGAUAGUCUUAUUCGAGAUAAAGUUAUUUUGGAUACCAAGGACAAAUUAUUACGCAAGCUUUUAUUAGAUACAGAGGACCUUGACUUAAUGAAAAUUGUAACAAUUUAUAAAUCUCAUGAGAUGGCUACAGAAAAAAUUAAGCAAGUCUACAAAGAAAAGAUAAAACAACCCCAAGAGACAAAUGUUACCCCAUCAACAACAACAACAACCACAGAAGUGGAAAACAAUGUUACAACUUGUUACAGAUGUGGUACUCGUCAUGCUCUUCGCAAUUGUCCUGCAUGGGGCAAAAAAUGUUUAAAAUGUCAAGGGGUUGGACAUUUUACUCAGAAAUGCACUCCAAAUCUGGCACAGAAAUGUCAUAGACCCAAUGAUCCUAACAAGACUAUUGCAAGUCCCUUUACCCAAAUUGAUAAAAAAACCAAGAACUAUAAUAGAAAUCGAACUUCUCAACAUCAACAAGACACCACGCGUUUGCCAAAUGAUCAGAUCCCACCACUUAUGGCACCACCGGCUUAUACGCCAUACCCCGCUCGAUCAGAAGCUUACAAUUCUGGAUAUAUGCGAUCAACAGCUAAUCUACCUGCAUAUAACGCGCAGAACAAUGAUGCAAGUAAUUGUAGCAAUGCAUUUGUAACAUCACAAUCUACUACCAAGAAAACUCCUCUUCAGGAAUGUCCUACGUAUUCUAGUGCAGGAUCAGCACCCCCGUUAGAUUCCAGUAACGAUUUAGUAACAAGUAAUGCACAGAGGAAUGGAUCAUUGUAUCCUAAUCUUCCUCGCAGCACAUCAUCAUCUAAUGCUGAGAGUAUCACACAGCCAAGAGGUAUCAUGCAGGUCGAUAAGAUUGAGAUAACAGAUGCUACAGAACUCCAGGGAUAUGUGGAAAUUGGAUUAGAUGCUAACUCAUCUAGAAGACCAUGCAAUCCACCUCCUCGUCAACCAGCAAGGCCAACAACUCAAAGAUCACAAGCUUCAACAUCUAUAUUUUCAAAUACAUCUCGUUCACAUCCAAGAAACAGUAAAUCUAAUGAAACUGAAAAAUGCAUUAUAUCUUGAAAAAUAAUUCUGUUUGGAAUUGAGUUUGAACAUUUGAAUGUUAAUCUUGCGGAAUUUUAUUAUUCAAUAAUUAUACUGACUUGUAUGUAAUAAUAUCUGUAUUUCAUAGACCAGAUAUUGCACUUUUAAGGGAAAAAUAAUUGUAUUAAAUAUUAUUGUAUGUUUAAUGAAAUAAAUAGAGUUUUUAAAUAAACUACCUUGCUUGAA